AAUGUUUCCCCUACAGGCAGGCCAGGCACUUCAACUUGAAAUCAUUGUAUAAUAGUGUUUGUUAUUAUCGGCGUAUUUCGUCAUUAUACAAUUUUUACUCAGCAAAAAUGGGACAAAAUCAAUCUGGCAGUGGAGGCUCAGGUCAAGGUGAUAAAAAGAAGACAAGAGCAAGCGUAAAAAGUAUGAACCACCAGUACCAACUAGGGUGGGUAAAAAACAGAAAAAACUCAAGGGACCUGAGGCUGCUAAUAAACUACCUCAAGUUACACCACACAAGAAUUGUCGACUAAAACUUUUAAAAUGGAGAGAAUCAAAGAUUUCUUACUUAUGGAGGACGAGUUCAUUCAAAAUCAAGAACGGUUGAAGCCACAAGAAGAAAAGAACAAGGAAGAGAGAUCAAAAGUUGAUGAUCUGCGUGGAACACCAAUGUCAGUGGGAACUCUUGAAGAGAUUAUUGAUGAUAAUCAUGCAAUUGUAUCAACAUCUGUUGGAUCUGAACAUUAUGUCAAUAUUUUAUCUUUUGUUGACAAAGAUCUUCUUGAACCUGGAUGUACUGUCCUUCUAAAUCACAAAGUUCAUGCUGUGAUAGGAGUUUUGAUUGAUGAUACAGAUCCAAUGGUUACUGUUAUGAAACUGGAAAAAGCCCCACAAGAAUCAUAUGCAGAUAUCGGUGGUCUUGAUAAACAGAUCAUGGAAAUCAAGGAAUCUGUUGAACUUCCACUUACACACCCAGAAUUAUAUGAAGAGAUGGGUAUUCGACCCCCCAAAGGAGUCAUAUUGUAUGGCCCUCCUGGAACAGGAAAGACUUUGCUUGCUAAGGCAGUUGCUAAUCAAACAUCUGCAACAUUUCUUAGAGUUGUUGGAUCAGAGUUGAUUCAAAAAUACUUGGGUGAUGGUCCUAAAUUGGUUCGUGAAUUAUUUCGUGUGGCUGAAGAACAUGCGCCAUCAAUUGUAUUUAUCGAUGAGAUUGAUGCCAUUGGCACCAAAAGAUAUGAUUCUAACUCCGGUGGUGAACGUGAAAUACAAAGGACCAUGUUGGAAUUAUUAAAUCAGCUCGACGGUUUUGACUCAAGAGGUGACGUCAAGGUGAUCAUGGCCACAAACAGGAUAGACUCUCUGGACCCUGCACUUAUUAGGCCUGGUCGCAUUGAUAGGAAGAUUGAGUUCCCUCUUCCGGAUGAAAAAACAAAGCGUCGUAUCUUCAAUAUCCACACUAGUCGAAUGACUUUAGCAGACGAUGUCAACCUAACGGAAUACAUUAUGGCAAAAGAUGAUCUAUCAGGAGCAGAUAUUAAAGCAAUAUGUACUGAGGCUGGUCUACUUGCCUUACGGGAGCGACGAAUGAAAGUGGCUAAUGAAGAUUUCAAGAAAUCAAAAGAAAAUGUUCUAUAUAGAAAAUCAGAAGGAACACCGGAAGGCCUUUAUUUAUAAAUAAUCUGUGCAUUAUAUGUUGUUGACCUAAUGUAUUAAACUUAUAUUGCAUAUUGUCUUUA